AUUUGAAGGGGAAGGAAAAGAAAAGAAAAAAAGGAAGUAUUUCCGUCAAUUAAAAGUAUUUUGUAAUGAUCGAUACAAUUGCUCCGGCGAUGUUUGGAUUUUUUUCAUUGAAUGUCCAUUUCCGGUGAUAGUUGAUAAAAGUGGCAUAAAGUCGCUCGGUCCGUCCCUGUUCCAUCUAAGCACAGUGAGAUAAACCUUGGGUCCGUUUGUUAGCCCGGCAGUUUAAAAGCCAGUUCGCGACAACCGGGAACGCGCGUUUGUUUUUUCAGGGGACGUCGCGACGGCGACAAGCGUAUAGAAGGUAGAACAUGACAGCAGUUCUCUUCGGUCUCAUAAUCAUAUGCAUCUCUUUGCUAUUGGCUUACCUAAUCAGGCAAUACGGAAGACCUCCAGGAUAUCCACCAGGACCACCAUGGACUCCAGUUGUAGGCAACCUUCCAGAACUCAGAAAAUUGGCAAAAAAAUUUGGAGGCCAAUAUGUCGCAUUAUGGAAAUUAGCCAAGCAGUACAAUACAAAUGUAUUAGGGCUGAAAAUGGGUGGUGAUUACGUGGUCACAGUAUUUUCAUACGAAGUGGUGAAACAGGUGCUGCUUAGCGAAGAAUUUGACGGCCGGCCGGACAAUUUUUUCAUAAAACUUAGAUGCUUCGGAGCCAGAAGGGGUGUGACGUGUACCGACGGUCCACUAUGGAAGGCUCAAAGGAGUUUCGUAACUACCCAUCUGAAAGAAUUGGGCUUCGGUAGGAACACUAUGGAAUCGAUGAUCAAAGAAGAAGUAGAGGGGAUUCUGGAUUAUAUUCGUGAGAAUAGUCACGACGUGCAAAUUGGAAAAUUGCUAGCUCCUUCUGUCAUCAAUAUAUUAUGGACUUUUACUAGCGGAACGAGAAUUAACAGAGACGAUCCCCAACUGAGUAAGAUUCUGGAUCUACUACAUGAAAGAACUAGAGCCUUUGACAUGUCAGGAGGAACGCUAAGUCAGCAUCCCUGGUUGAGGUACAUAGCUCCAGAAAAGACAGGAUACAACUUGAUACAGCGAAUAAACUGUGAUUUGAAAAACCUGAUGGUGGGUACUAUCAAGGAGCAUUACAACACAUGGGUAUAUGGCAAAAACGAGGAUCUGAUUUACGCUUACAUAAACGAAAUCAAGACUGCUAAUGGAAAUAAGUCAGUAUUCUCAGAUGACCAACUCCUGCUCGUCUGUCUGGACAUUUUUAUAGCCGGAGCUCAAACGACUAGUAGCACUCUCGACUUUUUGUUUUUGGUAAUGAUUCUUUAUCCCGACAUACAGAAGAAAGUGCAUUACUCUAUAGACAACGCAUUCCAAAAGAAUGAGUCCAUAUCUUAUCAAGAUAGACAAAGGGUUUCUUUUAUAGAAGCAGUAAUAUUAGAGGUAGAAAGGUACUAUGCUGUAGUACCAAUCAACGGACCACGAAGGGUUUUAAGAGAUACAGAGUUAGAAGGAUAUCAUAUACCAAAGGACACGACAGUAUUAAUAAGUUUGCAUUCUGUUCAUUUUGACAAAGAUUACUGGAAGGACCCAGAAGUUUUCAGACCAGAAAGGUUCUUAGACAACGAAGGAAAUAUACAUAAUAAGGAGAGGGUUCUCACCUUUGGCUUAGGUCACAGAAGGUGUUUAGGUGAAAUAUUAGCGAAACAUGCCAUAUUCCUGAUAUUUGUAGAGGUGAUGAGGAAAUACACCAUAUCUCUAUGGCCAGGUACCAAGCAACCCACAGGAAUACCAGUACCAGGAAUAACGAUAACGCCAGAAAUAUAUAGGGCGCAGUUCACUCCUCGGUGACUUCAAUGUGUAUUAGUCGUCAAUUACAGUUAGUAGGGAGUAUUCAGGCUAUUAAUGGUGUAUGCGAGUAAUAUGUAUCCAAAUACAGGGUUGCAAUAAGAUUAUGGGAACAUG